AUGGCGGACACGGUGGUCGCCCUGCCGUAUCUGUCUUCGCAAUAUGCCAUCCCGGAAGCUACUCUCUCCACCUUGACUCAGGCCCCGACCACAGACCUGGUUAAUCAGCUUCUUCAAUCCAUCACUAAGAAGGCACAUGAGUUUGAUGAGCUCAAGUCUGACAAGCUUCGCCUGGAGGUCGAGCUUGAAAAUGCUGUGCGGACCAACGAGUCGAAAGUAAAGGUAUUGAAGACUACCGUGGAGAAGGGUCACGCAGACGUCGCAGAUCUAAGAAAGAAACUACACGAAUCCGAAAACACGCGCUCAGCCUUGGAGUCCGAGAUUUCUACGCUCAAAUCAUCGACCACAUCGAACCAGACCGAGUUCAACUCCCUUAAGUCACGGAUCUCGACACUUGAGUCCGAAAAACGCGAAAGCCUCGCAUUGCUUGAGUCGAAGUCUGCAGCCCACGAUAAGCUAGCUGAGGAGCUUUCAGCUCAGCACAAGAAAACAAUCGAGCUGCGCCGGGAGCUUUCCACUGCCGAGCAGAAUCUUCAGGCUGCAAACUCCGCUGCUGCUAGCGCACGAUUCCGCGAGCAGAACCUCCAGCAAGAGGUCGAUCUUACCAAAAAGAACAAUGAGUGGUUUGAGACCGAGCUGAAGACGAAGGCUGCGGAAUACACCAAGUUCCGCAAGGAGAAGAGCGCGCGUAUUGCCGAGCUUCAGCGUGAAAAUGAAGAGGCAGCCAACACCAUCGAUACCCUGCGACGCAGUGAGAACACGCUCAAGGCUCGACUCGACUCGACUGAGCAGCGCUACGAAGAGUCUCUCGCCAACAUCAGUCAGCUAAAAGAAACUGCUAUUCAGACUGAAGAGACCUUCCGCAUCGAACUGGAGACUACUAGUCGACUAGCCAAGUUGCAGGAAUCCUCUGCCAUCUCUGCCAAGCAACGUGCACAGGAAUGUCAGCUUGCCCUGGAUCACGCUAAGAACGAAGCCGCGGAAGAAAUUUCCCGCCUGCGUGUCGAAAUGGAGACCGAGCAUGCCGAUAAGGAGGCCGCAGAGACUCGCGUAUCUGAGCUCGAGGCGACACUUGCCCAGUUCGAGUCACAAGGAUCUCACAAUCGCUCCGCAAGCCCUGCUCGUUCUCUGAAUGGACUAGGACCUGCCACUCCCACGAGACCUGGAACACCUGGCAGCGCGUUUUCCCCGCGUAUGUCCCGGACCAAGGGUCACAUGACCUUUACUCAGAUGUACACAGAGUACGACAAGAUGCGUACCCUGCUCUCUGCGGAGCAGAAGACCAACCAAGAAUUACGGUCUACGCUCGAUGAGAUGGUCACUGAGCUGGAGUCGACCAAGCCGGAGAUCGACGAUCUUCGGAGUGAUCACCAACGUCUUCAGGAUGCCGUGAUGGACAUGUCGGGCCUCCUGGAAAUAGCUUCGAAGGACCGCGAUGACGCUAUCAAGGAGUCCCGGAAGUGGCAGGGCAAGGUCGAGGGCCUAACCCGUGAAUGCGAUAUCCUUCGCCAACAGCUUCGAGACCUCAGCUCCCAAGUCAAGGUUCUGGUGUUGGAGUUGGCCAUUACCAAGCACGGCGAAGAGUACGAUCGUGACGAGCUCGAGAAGAUCGCUCGCGGCGAGAUCGAAGAAUCUGCAGCGGAACUCAGCCCGACCGGUAGUUUCAUUACUCGCAACCUUGUUACUUUCAAGGACUUCCACGAGCUUCAAGAGCAGAAUAUGACGCUCCGGCGUAUGCUGCGGGAGCUUGGUGAUAAGAUGGAGGGCGAAGAGGCUCGCGCCAAGGAUGCUAUUCGCCAACAGGAAGUCGAGGAAUUGAAGGAACUGAGAAUCCGUGUACAGGCCUACCGUGACGAGAUUGCCAAUCUUGUUUCCCAGUCGAAGAACUACCUUCAGGAGCGCGACACACUCCGAAGCCUACUUGGUCACCGUCGCCAAACCGUCGGAGGAGACACGGCUUUCUCUCAAUCUGUCCCUCCCGGUUCUGCGCCUCCAGGUGCCUUUGAUAGCCAAAUGAAGGACACCACAGAUUACGGCGAUCUUCUUCGCAAGUUGCAAGCUCACUACGAUACUUUCCGCGAGGAGUCGCUUGCAGAUCACUCCUCCUUACGCCAACAAGUCAACGAGCUCUCAAGAAAGAACAGCGAGCUGAUGAGCGAGAUUAGCCGAUUGAACAGCCAGUUUGCUGCUGCCUCGCAACGUGCUGAACUUCUUCAGACUAAUUUUGACAUGCUUAAGAACGAGAAUGGUGGGCUUCAAAAUCGCUAUUCUACUUUGCUCGAAAAUGCCAGCAAAUUGGAGCUUCGAACGCAACAAGCCGCCGAGGAUCUUGUUGAGGCCAAGGGUCUUGUUGAGAGUCUACAGCGAGAGAACUCUAAUCUCAAGGCCGAGAAAGAUCUAUGGAAGAGCAUCGAGAAGCGAUUGAUUGAUGACAUAGAGAGUCUGCGUAAUGAGCGUGGUCGCCUUGACUUACUGAACGCAAACCUUCAGACGAUUCUUAAUGAGCGAGAGCACGCCGACUCUGACAGCCGUCGCCGACUGCAAUCAAGUGUGGAAACACUCGAAUCUGAGCUACAGUCUACGAAACGGAAGCUUCAUGACGAGACCGAGAGUGCCAAGCAGGCCGUGUUGCGUCGAGACUACGACCAGGAGCAGAGUCAGAAGCGAAUCAAUGACUUGGUUACCAGCCUGGGCGCCGUUCGCGAGGAAUUAGUUGCAACCAAGACUACCAGGGACCACCUUCAGUCACGGGUCGACGAGCUCGCUGUUGAGUUGAAGAGUGCUGAAGAGCGUCUCCAAGUUGUUCAGUCACGCCCUGGCAUUUCGGCUGGUCCGGCUGAGCGCUCCACUCUCACGGAAGAAGCUACGGAUGCCAGUGGUCUUACUCGCGAGCAGGAGCUUCUCAUCGAGAUUUCAGAGCUCAAGCGUGAUUUUGAUCUCGCUAAGGGUGAGCUUGCUCAUGCCAAGGAGCAAGUUGAGGAAUAUCGGGCCAUUAGUCAGUCGACUGAGGAACGGAUGGAAGCCGAAGCCGAUACGCAUGCGCAAUACCGUGAAGAGACUGAUCGCCUGAUCGAGGAGAAGGAUAAAAAGAUCCAAGAUCUCGAGAGCCGAAUUGAAGAAAUCUCCAGCGAGCUGUCCACCACCAACACGGAGAUUUCCAAGCUCCGCGAUGAGCAGGGUGAAGCCACACGUCAUCUGGAGGAGCAGAAGGCUAAUCUGGAGUCUGAAAUCACUCGCUUAAAGGACGAUAACGAAAGACACGUCGCCGCGGCACAGUGUCACCAGGAUGAUCUCAAGGCACAGUCCGAUAUUUCGCAAAACCUCCAGAAGAACUAUGAGGCAGAGCUUAUCAAGCAUGCCGAGGCUGCCAAGAAUGUCCAAGCCGUUCGAGCCGAGGCGAACAAGUUGAAGUUGGAUAUGGUUGAGUUGCGGACUCAAGCUGAGACGUACAAGAAGGACCUCGCCCAAAAGGAAGAGAGCUGGCUCGAGCAGAAAGCGCGGUAUGAAGGUGAGCUCACCGAGGUGCAGAAACGCCGCGAGGAGGUGAAUCAUCAAAAUUCCAUUCUUCACACUCAGCUCGAGGGUAUAACUGCCCAGAUUGCUGCUCUUAAACGUGACCGUGCCAGCGUGCUCGAAGGCGACGAGCAGGAUGCCGAUCAGGCGGCUCCCGACCUCGAGGGUCUGCAGGAGGUCAUCAAAUACCUUCGACGUGAGAAGGAAAUUGUGGAAGUCCAGUAUCACCUCUCUACCCAAGAAGCCAAGCGCCUCCGGCAACAGUUCGAGCACACGCAGUCUCAGCUUGACGAAACUCGUCUAAAGCUUGAGCAACAACGCCGAGCUACCGCAGACAACGAGCACAAUACUUUGAGCCAUAACAAACUCAUGGACACUCUCAACGAGCUGAACCUCUUCCGCGAAAGCAGUGUUACCCUUCGAAACCAGGUCAAGGAAACUGAAGCUACUCUCGCCGAAAAGUCUGCUCGUGUUGAUGAGCUCAGUCAGGCAAUCGAACCCUUGGAGACCAAGAUCCGAGAGCUUGAGGGCAUUAUUGAGGCCAAGGAUGGGGAAAUGCAGCUGUUGCAGGCCGACCGGGAUCAUUAUCAGAAGCGGGUGCAAAACAUCCUGCAGAAAUAUGAUCGCGUUGAUCCUCAGGAGAUGGAGGCAUUGAAUGAGAAACUGAGCACUUUGCAAAAGGAGCGAGAUGAGGCCAUCUCUGCGCGCGACACUCUUCAAACUGAAGCUGCAGAAAAACUCGAAGCUGCAGAGCAAGCUGCGGAGACUCGCCUAACCGAUCUGCGUCAAAGACUGGCUGACCAGUUCAAGGCCCGGUCGAGAGACCUCUCGUCAAAGAUCAAUACCCUGAAGCAAGAAAAGGACGUCGUGGAAAGUGAGUUGGCGAGCACCAAGGCGGAGCUCGAGACAGUCAAGGCCAAGGCCUUGGAGACACCAGCUCCCCCGACGGCCACACCAGCUGCUCCAGCCGCAGAGGAGGCUGCCCCGGUGAACGCCACACCCGCGUCACAGUUCCCCACGACGACUACCACAGUGGUGUCGCCUGGUGACGGACAGAAGAUCAAGGAGCUGGAAGCUAAGAUUGAACGAUUGGAGGCUGCCCUGGCGGAGAAGGAUGCUAUGAUCGCUACCAAGGAUGCGGAGAUGGAAGCUAGGGUCAAAGAGCGCGCAGACAAACUUAAGGACUCUUACAACAGCAAACUGGCCGAGAUCCGCGCUGGCCAUCGUCAGGAACUUGAGAAGCUGUCAUCUGGAGAGGUCCCCGUCCCUGCCACCCCCGUGGCCGGCGCCGAGCAAACACCAACCACGCCAUCAAAGGCUCCUUCUGAUCUUCUCGACCUUACCGAUCAACAGGUUCGUGAACUUUUAGCGAAGAAUGAGACCCUCCGGACCAUUGUUAGGAAUAAUAUCCGCACCAAGGUCGUUCAGGCGGAGGAGAAAUUCAAAGAGGAGGCCGAAAAGGCUUCCAAGGCCUAUGAAGAAGCCUUGGCCGCAUUGAAGAAAGCCCAGGAGGAGGAAACCGUCGAAAAGGUCAAGGCUGCCGUGCAACUCUCCGACAAGAAGACAGCCGCUCGCAUUAGCAUGCUCGAUACACGCCUCAAGACAUCAUUGGUAAAGAUUGAUAUUGUUUCCAAGGCCGCCAACGAGACCCCUCAAAAACCAGUGGUUGAAGUUUGGGAGGUUGCAAAGUCAGCGAAGCCUCCCGCUGCUGCUCCCAAGGCCCAAGCCCAAGCAGGUACAUCUCCGGCGCCCGUUGCCUCCCCCGCACAGCCGAGCCCAGCCGCAUCUAGUCCAGCCCCUGCUCCCCAGCAAGCUCACCAGCAAGCUCACCAGCAAGCUGCCCCGCCCGUUCCCCAACCCGUGCCUGGAGGUACUACUCCCGAAGUCAGUGUACCAGCACCACAGCCACAGCAGCAACCAUCCUCACUGCCUUCAAAACCUCCAUCAGGUACGGCUCCAGGUAUGCUGCGGGCUUUACAGUCCGGCCUGCCUGUUGCUCGUGGGGGUCGUGGGGGCCGUGGUGGUGGCCCACAGAACCCAUUCGGCCACAUCCAGCCGCAACAGGGUGAGCAACUGCAAGUCCAGGGACAGACUCAAGCUCAACGUGGUACGGGUCUCCCUCGUGGCCGAGGAGGCCGUGGCGGCCAAGGUCGCGGAGGCAACCAAAACGCUGGAGGUGCCCAAAAUCAAACCCCCGCCAGCCCUGUUGCUGGUCGUGGUGGUUUGAAUGUCCAGGCACGUCAGUUUACGCCCCAAAGCAACAAGCGAACCCGGGAAGAUGGCGCUGAUGAAGGUGUAAGUGGUGGGAAGCGGAUGAGAGGAGGCGGUGGCCCGGCUCGUGGAGGGGCAUCAUCUUAG